AUGGAUUAUAAGCCAAGAAACCAUGAAAAAUAUCUUGCAAUGAAGAAGCAUGCUGAAGAAAAUCCCGAGGAGUUUUGGGCUGCAACAGCAAAAGAGACACUUAACUGGAUUAAGUCUGAUUUUACGAACGUUAUCGGCGAAAUUGGAGAAGAAAACUCAUUCUGGUUCGACGGUGGCGUUAUGAAUACCUGUUACAAUGCAGUCGAUCGCUGGGCAGCAGCAAAUCCUGAUAAGGUUGCCUUGAUAUACGAAGGAAACGAACCAUCAGACUCAUACACUAUCACAUUCGGACAGCUCAAGGAGAAAGUCUGCAAGAUGGCUAAUGUUCUCCUUCAACACGGCAUCAAGAAGGGAAUGACCGUCGCAUUAUACCUCCCUGUUAGUGUUGAAUGCAUCAUUUCAAUGCUCGCUUGCACAAGAAUAGGUGCAAUUCAUACAGUCAUCUUCGGAGCUUUCGCUGGUGAUGCUUUAAGCUACAGAAUUUCAAAUUCUGAAGCAACAGCUGUUGUCAGCGCAGACUGGUACAUGCGUGGCCAAAAGAAGAUCCCAAUGAAGAAGACUCUUCUUUCAGCUCUUGAGAAUUGCCCUUUCGUGAAACACGUUAUCAUUUCAAAUCUCGAAGAGACACAAUUAGAGGAGCCAAAGUAUACAAUAGAGAGUUUCCAAACACUCUUAGAAGCUGCUCCUGCUGAAUGCGAGUGCCAACCAAUGCAGGCUUCCGAUCCUUUAUUCAUUCUCUAUACUUCUGGCUCAACAGGCGAACCAAAAGGUAUCAUUCAUCGCGUUGGAGGUUACAGUGUCGCAUCCGCUCUUACAUUUAAGUACGUAUUCGAUAUUGAUGCAGAUUCUGUUUUCGGCUGCACAUCUGACCUCGGAUGGAUCACCGGCCAUUCAUAUGUUUGCUAUGGCCCAUUACUUAAUGGCAUUCCUACCCUUAUUUUCGGCUCUUUCCCAUUGUAUCCAAACGCAAAACGCUCAUGGGAAUUAAUUUCAAAGCUUCACUUAACACAUUUCUACACAUCUCCAUCUGCAGCACGCGCUAUUGCAGCUCAUAUCAAAGAUGUCGAUCAAGUUAAAGAAUACGAUAUUUCAUCCCUCAGAGUCAUUGGCUCUGUCGGCGAAACACUCGAUGAAGAGACAUGCAUUUACUUACAUGAUGUUUUGGGCCAGAAGAAAUGCUGGAUUGUCGAUACUUAUUGGCAAACCGAACUUGGCUCAAUCAUUGCAACAUCUGUUCCAGGAAUUGAGAAGCUCCCACCAGGUAUUGUCGGUCGCCCACUCUUUGGAACAGAUAUUGUCCUUAUUGAUACAGAAGAUCACCAUGUGGUCGCAUCAACACGCUCUUCUCCACCAAAUCAAAUCGAAACAGGCUUACUUUGCAUUGCUACUCCAUGGCCAGGUCUCGCAAACGCUGCUUUCAAGUCAAACAAGUCAUUCAAAGAAAGAUAUAUCGUAAAAGGAACACAUUACUUCUCAACAGGCGAUACAGCACAAAUCGAUACAAAAGGAUAUAUCAGAAUUACAGGCAGAAUUGAUGACCAAUUAUGCGUAAAUGGUCACAGAGUUGGUCCAGCCGAAGUUGAAGAGGCAAUCAUGAAAUUGGAUGACGUUCAUGAUGUUGCUGUUGUUGGUAUCCCUUCAAAGCAGACUACACAAGCUAUUGUAGCUUUCGUUGUCGCAAAAGUUGAAAAUGAACAAAUGAAGAAAUCAGUUAGUGACACAGUUACUCAGAAUUUCGGUGCAAUUGGAAGACCACAAAAGAUUAUCUUUGUUAAGGCUCUUCCAAAGACAAAUUCUGCUAAAAUCAUCAGAAUGCUCCUCAAAGACUUGCUCUUAGGAAAAAGAGGCUUCCAGCUUCCACAUACACUUUCUAAUCCUCAAGAUAUUGAUGGAAUUAUCCAGGCAAUUGAUGCAGAAAUGAAAUAA